AUGGAGCCGGUAGCUGACAAAGCCGCGGCGCCGGCGCCGGCCCCGGCAGCCGCAGCGGAGGCCAGCGAUGACGCCAUCCAGGAGGAGUCUCCAGCUCCGGCCCCUGCGCCGGACGGGAAGCCCGGAUCGGGGGCGGCUGCCGCGCCGGAGGUGGAGGUGCAGCUGUUCCGACGGGGCCGCGGGCCGGUGGCCGUGUUCCGGUCGCAGCUGGGCGGGUGGACGCAGGACCAGCUGGAGGUGGGCGACAUCCUGGAGCAGCACGGCCUCAAGUCCGUCUUCGCCUUCGACCCCGCCGCCCGCACCCGCGGCGUCGCCAUCCGCUUCCAUCCCCGCAACGGUCGAUCCCUCCUCACCUACGCCCCCGGUUCCACCAUCUUCCUCGACGGCGAGCCCAAGGAUUCUUUGCUGAAACCCAUCACGAAGGUGAUGAUUAGCGUCGCAGCAAUGACUGUGGUAGCUGCCGUAUUAUUGAAGGAGGCUAAGAUGCCGGAGUGGCUUCAGGCGUCCAGGCUUGGCACAGUGAACUUCCCACCGUGGGUGCUGGCUUGCAUGAUCAUCGUGUUCAUGAGACUCCGGAAGAGAACCAAGGAUGUCAUGAAGAAGUUUGGCUGGUCGUCGUGAGGUACCUUCAUUUUGGGAUAACAGGGAAUUCGUUGAGUAUACUGCAAAGCAGAGACACAAACAGUUGAUGUCAAAACUCAAUUUUACUCUCGAGAAUUUUAGUGAAUUGUAAUAAGUGCAACUUAUAGGCUGAUGAACAACGACAAAUUCGUUACAAGAAUGCUAUGGAAGUGUGAUAUAAAGUUCUGUGCUAAAUUAUCAGUAUAGUUAUCAGUGGUUUUGUGGAGCUGUUA